GGGCCGCCGGCGGCCAUGGCGGCCAGGCUGCUCCCCGCGCUCCGCAGUCCGCGGCCCGCCGCCCGGCGCCCCGGGCCCCUCUGGGGCGGGGCCGGGUUCCGACGGCGCCUCGGCCUACCCUACAGCUCCACUUCCGAGGCAGACGGAGAUGACUCCGAGCCCCGUUCGCCCGGCCGGCCCGAGGGGACCGAGACGCGCCCGGCGAGCCAAGAGUUAACCGCGGCGGAGCAGCGGAUAGUCGAGCUGCACGCGGCCGCCUGCGCGGCAGGCCAGCUAAACUAUAUGGAUCCAGCUACCGGCUACCUGGUAUUCACCCAACUUGCUCACUUGCAGAGAGGUUCAUGCUGCGGCUCAGCCUGCAGGCACUGUCCAUAUGGCCAAGUCAAUGUUAAAGAUCCUUCUAAAAAGAAGCAAUUCAACUCAUAUUUUUAUAUUUGACAGAAAGUUCAUCUUAUUCUCUGUUCAACUGGAGCUUAUUUAAAAAAAAAGAAAUAAACCCUUAAUCUAAAA